AUGCUGCUUGAAACAACCACCAGAAGAGUCGGCGGAGCCUUCGAAACUGGACUGCUGUGGAAGGCGGACAAUACUCGGUUUCCAAGCAGUUACAACAUGGCGUAUCGACGAUUGUGCUCUUUGGAAAGGCGGCUGAAGAAGGAUACGGUGUUGUACGAACGCGUUAGAGAGCAAAUUCGAGAUUACGAGGCGAAACAAUACGCACACAAGGCCACCCACGAGGAACUGAGCACUACCAGCCUCGAUCAGUGCUGGUACCUACCACUGGGAAUAGUUGUGAACCCGAAGAAGCCGAACAAAUUGAGGAUGAUCUGGGACGCGGCAGCAACAGUCGAUGGAGUGUCCCUGAACACUGCUUUGCUGAAAGGGCCAGACUUCUUAGCAUCUCUUCCGGCAGUAAUAGGAAACUUUCGCGUGUUUCGAUACGUUUUGACCGGAGACAUCAAGGAAAUGUUUCAUCGAUUCUUCACACGACCUGAAGAUCGACAAUUCCAGAGAUUGCUGUUCAGGGAGCAGCCACAUCAAGAGCCAGUUACCUACGUAAUGGACGUAGCCAUCUUUGGGGCUGCCUGUUCACCAACUGAAGCCAUCGUGCGCCGUCAUUAUGUGAACGAUUACCUCGAUAGCUUCGGAACCAUCGAGGAAGCGGUAGAGAUUGGUCGUCAAGUGAAGAGUAUACACGCUGAAGGGGGAUUCGAGCUCCGGAAUUUCUUGUCAAACGAUGCAACGAUAGCAGCACGGGUUGGAGAUGAAUCGCAGGAGGCGGAAAAAAGCAUCAGCGUGGAAAAGGAUGAUCGGAUUGAAUCCGUCCUAGGAAUGAAGUGGAUUCCAAGUAGCGACACCUUCACAUUCACUGUUUGCCUCCGUGAUAAUCUGCGACACGUUCUUGAAGAGUCACACGUUCCUACGAAACGAGAAGUCUUACGCACCGUAAUGAGUUUCUUCGACCCGAUGGGACUCAUAUCGUUUUUCGUGAUCCACGGGCGCAUCUUGAUGCAGGAUAUCUGGGCAACAGGAAUCGGCUGGGAUGAUCUGAUCGAUGGAAAGAGUUGGUUGCAGUGGAAGAAGUGGAUCGAGCUGAUUUCGGAAUUGAGCACUCUUCGAAUCCCACGUUGCUACUUCGAAGGCGCCACAGAAGAGAGUUAUUGCAAGUUGCAGAUCCAUGUAUUCGUUGAUGCGAGCCAAUCAGCCUAUGCAUGUGCAGUGUAUUUCCGAGUUGAAACACCAGAAGGUCCGGCGGUUAGCCUUGUAAUGGCAAAAUCCAAAGUAGCUCCGUUGAAGGUGUUGACGAUUCCAAGACUCGAAUUGCAAGCUGCCGUCCUUGGAACCCGUCUGCUCAAUAAUGUGAUCACCAUGCACGCACUCAAGGCAACGAAGCGCGUAUUAUGGACUGACUCAAAUACAGUUCUUGCCUGGAUACGAUCAGAUCAGCGGCGGUAUCACCAAUACGUUGGAUUUAGGAUCGGUGAAAUUCUAUCGAUGACGGAUGUCGACGAAUGGAGGAAGGUGCCAACGAAAGAGAAUGUAGCUGACGACGCAACGAAGUGGGGAAACGGACCGGCUGUUCGCUCCGGAAAUCGGUGGUUUCAAGGACCGGAAUUUCUUCGACAAUCCGAGGACAAUUGGCCAGGUGGUAGUGAACUGAUCGAACCCACGCAGGAGGAACUAGUGGCGUUGAACGUUCAUGAUGAAGCAAUGGAGCCAGCGCUAGUAGACGUAAAUAGAUUCAGUAAGUGGGAAAAGCUGCACCGUUCAAUGGCUUACGUGCAUAGAUUCGUUCAGAACAUCCAACGAUCUAGACAAAACGAGGCACGAUUGAUAGGGUUAUUGACGCAAGAGGAGUUGCGUAGCGCCGAGAAAUCGCUGUGGAUUCAAGCACAAAUGGAGUGCUUUACGUUGGAAUCUCAAAUGCUGCAUAAGUCAAAGGGAAAACCCGAAGCAGUUCAUGUCACAUUACCAAAAUCAAGCACGUUACACAAGCUAUUGCCGUUCAUGGAUGAAACUGGCGUAAUACGGGCAAGGAGCCGUCUUGGUUAUGCUGACUGGAUCCCUUCUCACAUCAAGUACCCGACGAUCGUCAACGAGAUGCGGCAACUCUACGAGAUCCAGAAACUACGAUCAGUUGUGUUCAAGGUAUCGCAAGAUUGUCUACCAUGUAAGAUACGUCGAGCGGCUGCUCGCCCGCCCCCUAUGGCGCCGCUGCCCAAAGUGCGAGUUACUCCUUAUAUAAGGCCGUUUACCUUUGUUGGAGUUGACUUCUUCGGUCCGGUGCUGGUGAAAGUUGGACGAAGCGUUGUUAAGCGGUGGGUGUCUCUAUUCACCUGUUUGACAAUACGAGCUGUGCAUCUCGAGGUUGUACACAGCCUGUCGAAGGAGUCCUGUGUAAUGGCGGUUAGAAGGUUCGUGUCACGACGAGGAGCACCGUCAGAGAUCUUCAGUGAUAAUGGCACGAACUUCGUCGGUGCGAGCAAUCAGCUGAAGCAGGAAAUGGAUGAUUUGAAUCAACAUUUGGCGUCAACGUUCACCAACACCACAACUCGGUGGUCGUUCAACCCACCAGGAGCUCCUCACAUGGGAGGAGUGUGGGAGCGUAUGGUCCGCUCAGUGAAGGUGGCUUUAGGCGGUAUUCUUGAAGCGCAGCGACGACCAGACGACGAAAUUUUGGAGACGGUUGUCAUCGAAGCGGAAGUAAUGAUAAAUUCGCGGCCACUGACGUAUAUUCCGCUGGAAUCGGACGCACAGGAGUUUCUAACGCCGAAUCACUUCCUGUUGGGGAGUUCAACUGGAGUGAAGCAACAGACUGUACUACCAACGGACUACCAAGCAACGCUGCUGAACGGAUGGAAGUUUGUGCAGCACUUGUAG